AUGAGAAAAGCGAUAAUGAAAAGUAAAGCUCAAGCUUUGAAACAAUUAAAGCAAUGGAGUGACCGACAAGAAGCAAAACUAUCUCAAGAUCAAACUGCAUUUACUGUAGGAAUUCAAACAAAUCUUUCACCGAAAAAUGAAAAGUUAAAUGUGAAAGAUUUCAUUCCUUCACCUGAAGCUAGCUCGUUACAUAGUCAAGAAAAUCAACCACAGAAUAAUUUUAUUCCUAUGAAUAAUUUUUAUUUACCUCCAAAGAAAGAAAUUAACAAAUUAAAUUUCCCGGAAGUUAAUUCUUUAUCACGUUUUUUCUUACCUCCAAAGAAGGAAGCAACUUUACCAGAAGUUAAUUCAUUGAAUCGUCUGCCUUAUUUGCCUCCAAAAAAAGAAAUAAAUCUUCCAGAUGUUAAUUCAUUUAAUCGAGGAAAUCUUGUUUAUUUACCCCCGAAGAAAGAAGUUCAACAAAUAAACCAUUCUGGAGUUAAUCGUCAACCUUAUUUACCACCAAAGCAAGAAGUUCAUCAAUCAACUCCCACACCUUUCACACAACAUCCAAUGAUUGAUCCAAGAUGGUUUGGAAGUGAUCGACAACCAAUUGGAACGAUGCGCCCACCAAUUGAGUUAAAACCACCGCCAGUUCGAAGAGCUUUUUCAUUCUUUAAUCGUCCAAGUUCAUCACCAAAUACUGGAUUUCCGUUCUAUAUGCCGAUUCAAACAACACAAAGACCAACACCACAUUGGCCGAGCUAUGAUGAAAGAUUUGGUGUUCCCUUUGAAGGAAGAAUAGCAAAUCAUGACAACAGUGGAACGAUUAGUAACAGUGAAGAAGCUAAACAAGCACUUUGGGUUAAUCAAUUGCAAUCUUUGGAUCCAAAUCAACAAUCAUGGAAUCCGAAAGGAGGUUGGAAAUGGAUUGCGGGGGAAGGAGAAAAUUCUGAUGCAUCAAAGCAAAAUAGUGAAGGAGAUUCUGGAGUUACAAAUUCCCCAACUGCUUGGGAUAUCAACAAACCUUUGAGCGAAUCUGAAAUAGCUUUCUGGACGAAUUAUUGGAACAAUCAAGGUAAACCACCUGCAGCAUGGUCAAAUGUUCCAGAAACGUGGACAUUACCAUCUGAAAGUGAUGUAUCAUCAUCAGUGACUGAAGCUGAUGUGUCGUCAUCAGGAAAAUCAAAAGAAAAGGAAGAAGAUGAAGAAAGCAGUGAAGAAAAGGAAAAAGGAAGUGAAGAAGAUAAAUCCGAAGAAUUGACGGGGAUUAAUAAAUUUGUUGCGUAA